AGCGACGCCUAGAGGAAUUGUAGGUUUUGACUGGUGAGCUGUCUCGUACUCGGUGCUUGGAUUUGUUCUGAUAAACAGAAAAGAUGUCAGACGAAGAUACUGAAGUUGCUCCAGGCGGAGAAGAGGAAGAAGAAGAAAAUCUUGGAGCUGAGGAGGGAGAUGAAGAAGGGCUUGGAGACGAGGAAGAGGAACACGCCGAGGAAGAGGAGGAAGAGAAAGUACCCCCAAAUCCUUUGUCUGAAGAUCUGGUUGCAGAGAGCUUGUCACUUCUUUGUAAGACUGGAGAUGGCUUGUCACACGCAUACGUUAGACUCGAUGUUCAUGAAAGGGAAAUCACAGACAUUGAAAUUUUGCAGUCUUUCAUUCAUCUUCGAUAUAUUGACGUCAGUAAAAAUUCACUAAAGGACAUUUCGCCGCUCAGUGCUCUCACUCACAUGCUGACCCUUAAGGCUGAUGAGAAUCUCCUCACUACUGCCAAGCUAGAAGAGAUGCCUUUCCUUCAGGUUGCCAGUUUCAGUCACAACAAAAUCGUCACCACAGAAGGCAUCAACCAUCCAAUGCUGGAGCAUCUCAACCUAAACAAUAACUUGAUCAAAGAAGUGACAGGGCUGGAUGCGACAAAACUGUCUCGUCUACACUCGCUGGAGCUGAGAGGCAACAAGCUGGAGAGUACUGACGGCAUUUACCUGCCCAACCUGAAGAACUUGUUUCUUGCUGCCAAUAUAAUCAAGAGGAUCGAGGGCAUGUCUCGACUUACGAGUCUGACCACCAUCCACCUCAGGGACAACCAGCUGGAGAAUCUGGAAGGGUUCUCCGAGGAGCAGAAGUCCCUACAGUAUUUGAAUAUCAGGGGCAACCUGGUGACUUCUGUGAAGGAAGCAGCCAAGCUGAAAUGCCUGCCUCUCAUCAGAGCUCUUGUACUCUCAGAAAACCCGUGUGCGGAGGAGGACGACUACAGACUGGAGACUCUGAUUGGAGUUCGGACCCUGGAACGCCUCGACAAAGAUGAGUACACUGACGAAGAGAGAACUGAGGCGGAGGAAAUUGCAGAGCAAAGGAGACAAGAAGAGGAAGAGAAAGCAGCUUUGAGGACACACAUGGCGAGAGAAAUGAACAUGCUCGCUGACGGGCAGGACAUGGAGUAUGAACACGAAAUUGUUGAGGAGGCAGAGAAUGAGGAGCAGGGUGGCUCAGACGUGGAGGAGGCUGCGCCCGAGGACUAAGGAGCCUCGUCACUUCCAUCAUUCUAUUUACCGUCCAUUUGAUGAGUUAGUGCUUCCCAACCUCGUGAACAGUUCAGCAAUGGGGAAACACAAGCUACUUUACAAUGACGAAACAAAACUGGAAAAGUACAGAAAAAUGAGAAAAGAUGAAUCUCCAGGAAAUCUUGUUCUAGAACUGUAAGACAAAUGGCAUGAAUCAAAGUUAAGAAGCACUAAUGAUGUACAUAUAUAUAAAUGAAGUGUAUUGGCAGCAGGAAAGGAGAGAUUGUUCACUUUGCUAAAUAAGUGUUUAAUACAGAAGAAAGAACAGCGACAUGACGAGGUGUGAAUCUUACACCACUUACAGAUCUAGGUGAAGAAAUACAAAAGUAGUACCUUCUACAAACAAAAAGGCUGUUUUAACUUAUUUGAUCUCUACAAGUGGAAACAAUUCAACUGUGUACACAACGUCAAUAACUUUUUUCAGGAGAUUUCAUGUCUAUAUUUUCAUCAGCUCCUUUGACCUCUCUGUGUCUGCUGACUGAGACAGUUUUGCACUCACAUUCUCAGGGUAAUCAAAUGUAGAUGUCUCAUGGUGGAAAAUGUUUGUUUUAUAGUUGUUUUUUUAGGUGCACACCUAUUAAAUUUAUGUACACAGUUGACUUUCAGUUGCAAGCAAAAUUGAAAGUCUUAAAAUUUAAAUGGAAAAAGUAUCAAAGCUUAGAAGAUAAAAAAUAAGCAUAUUUUUAUACUUCCUGCCUUGCAAAAGACAGCAUUGUCUUGAAAUAAACUCAUGGAAAAAUGAA